AUGGACAAUAGCAUGGAUGAUGUAUGGGGAUCUGAUUCCGAUAUUGAGAUAAGAAAAGAUGACGAAGAGCAACUCAGGUCAUAUGACUUAAGGAAACUAAGAGAAAUUCAUGCUAAAAGAGGGUAUCUUGAUGGUAUCGUUAGCUCAAAAGAGACCAACUUACAGCAAGGUUUUAAUGCUGGCUUCCCCACAGGUGCGCAGUUAGGAUUCCAAGUUGGUAAAAUCAUUGGAGUAUUGCAGGGUCUUAAAUAUAAAUAUGGAGAUGAGGACGAGGAAUUGAAACGAGAUUAUGAAUUAGCCAAGAGAGAAUUACUGAUUUCUGCGCUUCUCAGUAAAAGUAUAUUCACAGAAUCUUUUGAUCUUCCGAAUGGCCAUGCGGCUGUUGAUAAAUGGACUGAUAUUGUCGACAAAUACUCAAAUAAAUAUAAUGUCAUUAAAAAUUAA